UGGGAAAGUUUUAGUUUUUUUGCUUUACUGAUAUUUUUGUACUGUUGAUGGGUUAGUUCUUUUUUUUUUUUUUAUGAUGCUUCUUUUGAACUAAAAUUAAGUGCAGCUUUUGUCUUUCUGUAAUCAUAAUCAGCAUUUUAUAUUGUUGAUUAGAGGAGGGUUUAAGGAUGAAGUGUGGAUUUUAAUUGGAGAUCAAAUUUCUAUGGUAGUGUAUUUAAGUUUGGUUCUUAUUUUGAGGAAGAAAGCUAGUUUUGAAUUGUUGGAUAUGGAAUUAAUGGUAAACAUUGAUGUGGAAAGUGGCUAUGCUAUUUGAUUUGCUUAUAUUGUUCGUGCUUGUUGGGUUUUUUGGGGGUGGGGUUUGUUUGAUGUAGAUUUGUCAGUGAUACGGAACAAGGAUCCAGAGUGGUUCUUCUUCUGUCCGCAGGAUCGGAAGUAUCCCAAUGGGCACAGGUUGAACCGAGCUACGAACCAUGGGUAUUGGAAAGCAACAGGGAAGGAUCGAAAAAUUAAGUCUGGUUCUGCUUUGAUCGGAAUGAAGAAGACUCUUGUUUUCUAUACUGGUCGUGCACCGAAGGGGAAGAGGACCAAUUAGAUUAUGCAUGAGUACAGGCCUACCUUGAAGGAGCUCGAUGGUACCAAUCCUGGACAGAAUCCAUAUGUCCUUUGUCGGUUAUUUAAGAAACAUGAUGAGAGUCUUGAAGGUUCAAAUGGUGAGGAUGUGAAGCGGACUGCUUCAACCCCUAUGACUGCCAAUCACUUUCCAGAUGAAAUACAAUCUGAUUCAUCUCUGGAUCCAGCAUCUUCCUCACAGAUCACUGAGGGUGAAAAGCCGCUGACAGUUAUCCAUGAGAACUCUGAGGAAGCAAUAUCCAACAUUAUAACUGCAGUUGACUCCCAUAGUGAUGGAUGUGAUGCUCCUGCUGCACAAAAUCAAAUUGUAAAACCAGCUGCUGAGAUUGUUUUGGCUAGUUUUGUUUCUGAUGGCAAGCAAUUCAAGUCAACAAAGCAAAUGGGGAAUGUAUCUGUAGCAGAAAAGAUUUCUACAAUUAGUAGUCAAAACAACUCAUUUGGCAAUUUGUUUUAAACUUUCUUAUUAUGCUUUUAGUCCACUCUUGUAGUUGAAUUUGAAAUGUAGACUUUGACAAUGAACUUGUUCUGUCUAUUAUAGAUGUAUGAAGAAAAAUAUAGUACUAUUAAUGAUAUUUU